AUACUGAUUUCUUGAAAUUAAGUUACAAAGAAUGUACUUAAAUGUUUUAAAUUAUAACUUUUACUUUCAUGUCAAAAUCUAUUCAAAAUGCUUUCUUAUAUGAAAAAAUCGAAUUUGUGUGCGAAUUUAACUCUAUAUAAAAUAAAUUUUACGAUAUAAUUAUAGGAUAUAUAUCAAAAUUGAAAUUUGAGAAAUAUGAGAUAAUAAAAAUUAUAGAGUUGAAUUAUAAUAUAAAAUUGAAACAAUAAUAAAUAUUAAAUGAAAUAUUAAAUGAAAAUAAGAAUUAAAAUCGAAAAAUUUUGAAAUUAUAAAAUGCAAGUAUAAGAAGAUUCUAACCUAAAUUACGAAAUGAAUAUUAAAUAAAUAUUAAUAUUCACGAUUAUUGAAAUAUUUAUUUUUAAUUGUUAUUAAAAUAUUUAUAAAAUAUCUUCCACAUCAUAUAAAAUAAAAAGUAACAAAAAAUUAAGAAUUAUUAAUUAAAUAUUGAAUAAAAUAUUAUAAUUAUGAUUAUUAAUAAUAUAUGAGAAUAUAAAAGAUUAUUCAUAGAUAUUUUAUUUUAAUUAAACAAAAUAUAUUAUGAAUAAUUAUUAGAAACAUGAAAAUAAGGUUUAUUUUUGUAAUAUUUUGUAUCAGUACUUUAUUUAUUUUAUUUUUAACUAUAUUAAAAAUAGAUCUUAGAAAUAAUACAAAAUAUUUAUAUAAUGCAAAUGACACAAAUGAAAAUAUUUCUUCAAUCAUAAAGUUUGUUAUUAAACCAAAAUGUGAUAUUAACUUUAUAGUUUGGAUUGUGACAUCUUCUGCAAAUGAUGCUGCAUAUAGAACAGCAUUACGAUAUGCAUAUCCAAGUGAAAUGUUAAAAAGUUUGAAUGUCACAAGAAUUUUUUUAUUAGGAAGACCUAAAGAAGAAAAUAUGUGGAAAUAUAUAUUAAAAGAAUCACAAAAAUAUAAUGAUUUGUUGCAAGGAGACUUUUUGGAAAAUUAUAAAAAUCUUACAUUAAAACAUUUAAUGGGUUUAAAAUGGGCAUCAAGUAAUUGUAAAGCUAAUUUUCUAAUAAAAACUGAUAAUGAUAUUGUAUUAGAUAUUUUUGAGAUAUUAAAACUUUUACAAGAAAAAAAAAUAGAGGAAAAUACUAUGUCUGGAUAUAUUUUAAGAAAUAUGAAACCAAUUCGAAUAUCAAAUAAUAAAUGGUUUGCUACAAGAGAAGAUUUUCCAGGUGAAAUUUAUCCAGAUUUUCUUUCAGGAUGGUUUUAUAUAACCAAUUUAAAAGUUGCACAAUUAUUAGUUAAUACAAGUGAAAAAUUUAAGAAUUUUUUUUGGAUAGAUGAUGUAUUUGUUAGUGGAAUUUUAAGACAAAAAUGUGAUAUUAAACUUAAAGAAUUAAAUAACUUUUAUGCAACAGAUUAUAGAUAUUUGGAAUGUUGUAUACGAGAUAAAAAGAAAAAACUCAAAUGUGAGUUUAUUGCAGGACCUGAUGGAGGUAAAAAAGAAUUACAUAUCAAGUUUAGAAAAUUUUCUGAAUAUUGUCAAUGGAAUUGUUAUAAAAGAAUGAAAGAACAAUUAGUAUCAAAAACUUGUGUAGUUCCUUACGAAGAAGAAAUGCACAUUGUGAAUUCUAAAGCUUAUGUUUAUUAUGUACAAAAUUUAUAAAGUAAGUUGUAUUUGUUAAAUUAAUAAAUGUUAAAUUAAUAAUUAACAUUUACAACAUAUAUUUUUAAAUUAUUAAUAAUGAUAAUAAUGAAAUUUGAUGUUUUUAUUAAUUUUUUUGCAAGUGUAAAUUAAAAAAUAAUUAUUAAGUACUAAAUAUAAACAUGUUAAGUUAUAUAAUUUAAUCUUGUUAUUUUAUUUCAAAUUUUUAUAAUAAUAAUGAUGAAUUUAUAAUUUUUGAAAAUUUGUGAAAAUAUUUUUGUUAUAUUAUAUUGUUAUAUUAAUACAAUAUUAUGCUAUUAUAUUUUAGUAUAAUUAUUUAAAUAUAUUUAAUAUAGAUAAUAUACAAUUACAAAUAUAUAUCUCCAAUUUAAGUUAGAAAUGUUUAUAUUUGAAAAAAAAAGUUUAUUAUAUUUAUUAUAUUUAGAAGAAUUUACAUAUAAUUAAUAAUUAAUAUUAAAAAAUAACUUAAAUAUGAAUAAUAUUUAAGACCAAUCAGAAUUAUCAGUUUAUUAGAAAUAGAAAAAAUAUAUAAAAAAAUAAUAAUGAUAAUAAUAUGAUUUAAUAAGAUAUAAAAACUUAUGACGCACAAAACGAUUUUGAAUUAUUAUAAAUAUAAUAUUUUUAUAUAUUAUCUUGAUUUUAUAAUUUCUUUUUUUAAUGAUAAAACAAAGUUUCUAAAAAAAAAUCAGAAUCAAAUAAUCAAAAUUGAGAUAGGAAAAAAAUUAAAAAGUCCCUAAAGUAUAAUAGUCUUUUUUAGCUAUUAAAUUUAAGUAUACUUAAAUGGUAGAAUUUCAGUACAAAUUCAAUAAUUUUUAUAAUAAAUUUAGAAUUAAUUGAAGAUACAUUUUAUUUCAAGAUACAAUUGUAUUGUAAUACAAAAUUGUGAAUAUGGUGAACAGGUUACAUUGAAAUUAUUUUCAAUUUAAGUUAGAAAUUGCAACUAACUUUGUGAUGAUAUGAAGCAAUUCACAACACUAAGUUCAUAUGAUAUUAUAAUAAUAACAAACUAAUGCGCAUAAAUUAGUUGCGCGAAUGGCGAUAACUUGAGUUUAUAUAUGUCUUUAUUUAAAUAAACUAAUAUUAAAUAUAAUUAAAUAUAUAUAUAUAUAUUAAAUAUAUAUUAAAUAAACAUGAUGGAGGCUGAAACUGUUGGUAAUCUCGUCCAAAAAAUGAUUAUUUCGCUUUGUGGAGAACAAAAACCAG